AUGGCGGAUUCUUGCACUCUUGUGGCCUCUCUCAUCAAGGAUGUUGCAGGCGGUCAAAGUGAAGCGGUGCUGGAGACCCUUGGAGCACUGAUAGAAAGCGACGAGAAGCGUGCCGUUUGGUGGGCUUUGCGGGCCAGACAUCGUUUAGAGCUGGGAUUGGCACAAGAAGCGCUGGAGGACACACAAGAGGCCCUUUGGCUCGAACCCAGGAGCCCCGAGGUGCUCACCCUGCGUUGCCGCGCCCUGGCAGCAGUCAGGCAAGCUGCAGGCGGCAGUUCCAAGGUCGGUGCCACAGAAGCGUUGGACGCGGCAAAGUUAGCGAAACAGGCGAAGCUCAAUGAGUCCCAAACUCUGGAAGUCGAGGCUGUCGUACGUGAAGAGCAAGAGAGGGCGGCAAAGAUUUCUGAGCUGCAAUCAGCUGCUAAGCUGGCAUGGAAGGAAGGGCGCAACCAGGAGGCCAAAGAGUUCUUCAGCAAGUUGCAGCGCCUCGAUGUGGAUUCGGCUUCGUGGCCAACAGCUUUGGCCAGGAUCCACGUUGCUGAGAAGAAGCCGGAGGAGGCCGUGAAACUCUCGACCGACUCGUUGGGACGAUUCACCACAGGGCAUGCUGAGUUGCACUUGGUGCGGGCGAUGGCACACCAUGCUAUGGGCAAUGACCAGGAGGCACGUGAUGACUAUCACCAUGCCAAGAGAUUGGGCGGCUUGUGCGAGGAGUCACAACAUGAUUUUGAGGAGCUGAAAGUGAAGCUGGGAUGCUCGGAUGCAAAUAGCAGGUGGGUGGGUCCCAAGGCUGCGAAGAUCUCAUCAGGAUUUGGCUAUCCCAAAGCCAAGGUGGCGGCUCCCAUGGCGGCUGAGGCAGCCAAAAAGGUGGCGCCUUCACCUAGGCAGACGCAGCCGACGCAGCCGACGCAGCCAAAUAAAAAGAAGCAGCCAGAAGCCGAGGCAGCUCCUUCAGCUCCCAGAGGGGAGACUCUUGGGCUGCUUCUGCGCGCGAGACGUGAGGAGGAAGAUGGACAGCUCAAGACUGCCAAGGUGCUUUGCGGUCAGGUGUUGAGACUCUCCCCGAAUCUUGCACAAGCAGUGCUGUGCAUCGGACGUAUCGAGCUGCACAACGUAGAGUACGAGAACGUGCUGAAGCUUUUCAGCAAGGUCCACCCAAGCGUUGUGAAGAAGGGUCCGGGACGUGUCGAAGCACUUUCCCUCCGAGCUGCUGCUUAUGAGCGCAGCAAAGAUUGGGACGCUGCGUGUGACGAGUUGGAAGCUCUAGUGCCUUUGUUGCCAGCUGCCAAGCUAUCUCCAGAGGAAGGUUGGGGCCCGCAGCCCGAGCAGAAUGUUGUGCUGGGUCGUCUUGCACGCGCAAGGUGGCAUGCAGGACGGCGGAAAGCUGCCACCUCCCUGGCAGAGCAGCUCAUGGAAAGCUGUCCGACUGAACUGGGUGCCUGCGAAGUGGCUUGUGCCGUUCUCAUGGAAAGGGGGGAUGCAGCUGUUGCCCUGGCGGUGAUGGUGCGUUGUUUGGUGGAGCAUCGUGCGACUUCAGCCAUGGCCAGUGAUUUGGUGUGCGGCGUUAUGCGCCAUUGUUCCGCGGAGGAACUGGUCCAUGUAAUAUCGCCCACGAUGAAGGAAGGGGUUUCUGAGCGCUCGGUGGCUGAAGUUGUUGGCUUUAUUGGCCUCAUCAUGAAAGAGCGUGGCGACAUUUUGGAGGCCUGCCGCCUAUAUCAGCGUUCGGUGAUGAUGGCUCCUGAUCAUGCAUCCUUAUCUCUAAACCUAAUGCACACCUAUACCUUGCGCCGGGAUGACUUGCGCGCUCUGGCGUGGGGCAAGCGCUUUCUGGCGCAGAAACCACAACUGUUCGGAUCAUUUCUGGCAGCUUUGGAUGGCAAGGCGGUAAACGACGAUGCAAAGAUCUUUGACAUAAAAGACUUUGACGCUGCGAAUGAGUUUCACGAUGCUUUGGCCAUUGGACUAUCAAUUUUCAAGCUGCUUUUCCUGGCGCAGCCUCGGCUGUUCGAAAGCAAGAACGAUCCCAAUUGGUUGAAGCGUUUGCGAACAAUGGAGAUUGAAUCGCACAUUGUUGGUCCCGGAGUAUUGUCUCUGAUGGAGGAUUCAUGGAGGCGCCGCAGCGACACGGACUACUUGGACUCAACCAUGUUGAGCGGGGCGCAGCGACAUUGGCAGAUUCUGCGAAGGCUGUGUGCCAUGCUAGAGAGGUGCUGCAAGGGCCAUGAGCUGCACAUGACCUCUGUGCGCAAUGAGAAUGCCUACUUCAGCUGCAUCAAGGACAUCUUGAUGCAAGAAAGUAAAGCACCAAUUCCGAAGGCGCCUGCAUCUUUCAAACCCAUGUUCAUAGUUGGAGAUUCUCACGUCCUUUCAUUCGCUUGGCAAUUUCUGGAAUUUGAUGACGAGCACUUCAUGCUUGUACCACUCCUGAUCACGGGGGCCAAAAUUUGGCACCUUAGGGAAGACUCCAGGUUCUACACAAUGUUUUCUUUCUGGGAUAAGCUAUCAAUCAUUCCCAUCGAGUCGCCUGUGAUCUUCCUGCUUGGUGAGAUUGAUUGCCGAGAUGGCAUCCUCCGCUCGGUGCAAAAGGGGAAGCAUGACAGCUUUGAUGAUGCCUUGCGGACAGUUGUCAACGUGUACCUGGAUCUUUUGGUGCAAGUUCGGAAGAAGUUGCCAUCCAAUAAGCUUUUCGUGCACCCAGUGCCCAUCGCGCUGCCAGAGACACGCUUCCUGACCAUGGCCAUGAACACUCUCCUAGAAACUGAUUGGAGCCAACUCUCCAUGGAAAAGGCGAGGGUGAAACUUUUAAGGGUUGAAAGCAUCUUUGUAAAGGACGUGCCAGAACAUCCAGAAAAUACCGAUGCACUGACCCUGGCCAAGCUGGAACUGCUUCCUGAGCUGCGCCUGGAUGGGAUCCACAUGAGCACGGUUUAUGUGAAGUCACAUCUCGAAGCCAUGGAAGCUUUGAAGAUUUGGAAACUGCAUGAGAGUGAGCCUCCCUUGCGGUACACGCAAGCCAGAACACCCAUGGGGCGUAGUUCCUUGCGGAAAACACAAACCGAGCAACUGCAGAGGUGUCGCCCUGCAGCGUUUGCUUAUUGCUUUGGAUGUGCAUGUCAAAGGGUUUGCGAGCUUGUGCGUGUCAAAGCAUCAGCAACGUCCCGAAAUGUCCACAAUGAGGCAGUCGCCCAGGCACUGCUGGUAGCUGCCGCAGUGUUUGGACACGAGGAAGCUCACAAUCGACAUGCGUUCCCUCCAGUGGAACUCCAAGUCUUGUUCCGCCAUGUGUGGGAAGAUUGGAGAAGAGGUGAAAAACAAGUGGUGCAGUCCUUUGCAAAACUUCAGGGCGUGGGGUUUGUGCCCGAGCGCCAGAGAGGUGGGCUGCUGCCAAGCAGCAGGUUCCAACUCAUUUUGAUCGACUGA